GAGGACUGCAGUCUGCGCUCGCGUUGGUUUGGGCUGUAGAUAGCUGCUAUAUGAGAAUGUGGCUCAGUUAAGGCUAGAUACUUGCAGGGCUCGGUGUAUAUUGUCAUAAUAUGUCUGUGAUAUUUUGGUUUUCUUAAGUUUUCUUGAUUGAAAAUGUUUAGUGAAGUGAGCAAAAAAGUUUUAAAAUCCUCGGAAUCAAAUGAUGUUGAUGUUCGUGAAGAUGAAGAGCAAACUGUAAAAUUAGAAGAAAUUAUAGAAAUGCUGGUUUCGGCUGGCUACUAUAGGGCACGAAUCAAAGGCCUAGCAAAUUUUGAUAAGAUCGUUGGGGGUAUGACAUGGUGCAUAGAAUCGUGUUAUUUUGAUGUCGACGUUGACCUACUUUUUCAAGAAAAUCUCACUAUCGGUCAAAAGAUAGCAUUAACGGAAAAAAUCGUCGUCAUGUUGCCGAAAAUGAACUGUCCUCACAGAAUAGAACCUCAUCAAAUACAAGGAUUAGAUUGUAUACAUAUUUUUCCAGUUAUGCAGUGGUUAGUGCAUGAAUCAAUGAAGAUGCGUGAAGAAAUGGCUGAAUAUGUACGUUCAUUUGCAAUUACACACUUUGAUAAAAAGCAUGGUUCGAUUAACAAUCGAUCUGAAACUGAAAAAAUGGAUAAUGAUGAUCUAAUUGCAAAUAUCAAACUAAUUAAGAAAGCCUAUGAACCACGACGACGUUUUAAACAGAAGGAUGCCGUACCUGUUGAUGAAUUUUCUAUAGUCAGUAAUGCAUUGCUAGAGUAUGGUGAAACUUUACAAAUACCACAAAGCGUAAUCAAUAAACUGCAAGAUAUGAAGACAAAUAGUUUGUCUCAAGACAAAGAAAUCACAAAAGAAAUAAUCGAAAGGAAAAUUCAAGAAAAGAAAAUAGUUGAAGAACUUAUGAAAAAUUUGUCCAAGUUCGAUGACAAUACGAGUCGUGUAAGUUCGAAUAUUGUUGGCAAAAUUGUUAAUAUUCAAGCACAAGAGGUAGCUAAGGCAGCGGAACAGUAUGCAAGUCUAUCCAAUUCUGAAUUUGAGAACAAACAGUCAACUGCUGCACAUGCUACUGUUGCAUUAGAAAAACAAAAAUUGGCUCUUGAAAGUAAAGCUCAAAAAAUGACUAAAGAUAGAGAAGAUUUGAAGAAUAAAUUAACAGAAAUAGUAGAAAAAAUAAAAAUGGUUCGAAAGAGAAGACAAUCAAUUGAUGAAGCUUUCGAAAAAAUGAGAGGCAUAGAGUCACAAGAUAAUAAAGGGAGAUUGCAAAAGUUGGAAGAACUUCUUAUUGUGCAUGAUGGUUUAAAAGACCAAGAAAAUAAAUUUCGUGAUCAAUGUCAUCAGGAUUUAAAAACUUUAAAUAGUCUCGUGGAGGGAGUACAAGCUGGUGAACCUCGGGAAGAAGCGGACAGAGUUAUCGAAUAUGACGAGCAGAAAGAAGUUGUCAAUCGAUUAAGACUUCAAUUGGCAAAGAAGAAUCGAGCUAUUGCUACUUUAACAAGGCAACUAGAUGAUGUUCCGGGUAGAUCGGAACUCACUCAGUAUCAGCGUCGUUUUAUGGAAUUAUACAAUCAAGUGUCAGCAAAACACAAAGAAACAAAACAGUAUUAUACCUUGUAUAAUACUUUAGACGACAAAAAAUUAUACUUAAGCAAAGAAUUAUCCCUUUUGAAUUCAAUUCAAGACAAUUAUUAUGAAGCGAUGGCUUCGACUAGCGGUAAAGAACAAUUUAUUAAACAAUUUGAACUCAUUGUUGACGGGGUGCAACGCAAUAAAGCAAAGGUAAAGAAACGUUGCGCGGAAGAAACUGCUCGGCGAGAUGCUCUUAGUUGUCAACUACUUAGUCUGAUGGAACAACAGCGGAAAUAUGUCGUAGCCGUUAGACAACUGACUAUCGAGUGCCGUAAAAAUGAGAGUCUUUUAGCGCGACUACGUGGGCCAUGAACAACGAAUGCAAAAAAAUGUAUAUAAUUUUAUACAUAUAAGUUAUAAUUUUGAUAAUUAUUUUUAAUUUAAUACUCAAAGAGAUCAAAUAAACCUAUUUAAUUAAAUAUAUCUUCGCACCUCGAAGGACUCAUA